AUGGAGGUUCCAAAGAAGUCUAACACUGCAAAAAGGUUGGCAGAUGAUAUACUAAUCAACAUCCUCAUUCGGUUACCACCCAAGUCCUUAUGCAAGUUCAUGGUCAUCUCCAAAGCAUGGCACUCUCUCAUUUCUGAUGCCUACUGGGAAAAGUUUCAAGUGUCUACUAAAAUUGGUACCAGCUUUAUCCCAUACAGUAGAAGAGUUUACUUGAAUGGCAUAAUUCAUAUUGUUGCUAGUAAGAGACAUGUGGUUGCCAUUGAUCUUGACAGCAUGGUUUGUAGGAGGAUUGAGAUGCCUGUGAUCAAACCACUGAUAAGGAAUGCACUGCUUGGGAAUUUAACGAGGAGCUUGCAUUAUGCUGAUAAAAGAAACAAGGAGAUGAAUAUAUGGAUGUUGAAGGAUUAUGAGAGUGGUGAAUGGGUGUUGAAGCAUAGUGUUGUGUUUGAGGUUGGGUUUAAUGUUAUGGCUUUUCAUCCAGAAAUGGACAUUGUUUUCCUGAGAAUGUUAAAUAAUAAGAUCAUGUCUUACAAGAUGAGCAAUGGUGAGUUGAAGGAGGUUUGUAAAUUGAGGCACAAGAGCAUGCGGGGGUUCUUUGUUUUCUCUCCUUUUUUUGGUGAGGAUGUUUUGGAGAGUAAAUUUGGUGUUUGA